CUGUAACUGCUCAAUCUAAAUCUUCUGCUCCCCUCUCCAAUGAUACAUGUUGAUUCAGCUCUUCAAAUAUGGACUACAGCAAUGAGACUCAGACAAUGGAAAGAAAUUGCACAAAUUUACACAGUGUGUUCACACGGCAGGUUAUGCCUGUAUUCUACUCCGUCACCUGUGUUUGUGCGUUUAUACUCAAUGGAUUUGCCGCUUGGAUCUUCUUCAGAGUUCCAAGCACCUCAGUCUUGGUGGUUUACCUAAAAAACAUGGUGGUGGCUGACAUGCUGAUGCUCUUCACAUACCCCUGGCGUGUGGCGAGAGAUCUGGGUUACGGUGGCUUGCAGUUAAAACUCAUAGUUUGCCGCUACAUUGCUGUACUUUUCUACCUGAGCAUGUACACUGGAAUCAUAUUUAUGAGCCUUAUCAGCUUGGAACGUUAUUUUAAAAUCGUCCGCGGCACGUCAAACGUAUCGUCCCUUCUACAGCGUGUCACGGUGGGAAAGGUUCUGGCGCUCUUAGCAUGGACUGUUAUGAUCAUCUGUAUGUUGCCAAACUCCAUAUUAACCAACCAGCCCAUUCCUGAGGAUUAUUACUGCAUGGAACUAAAAAGUUCACUGGGUCAACACUGGCAUAAAAUUUCUGUCCACUUUAAUGUCGGAGUCUUCUGGGUGGCUUUCCUGUUGAUCAUGUUUUGCUACACCUCUAUAGCAUGUCAUGUGUACCGCUCCUACAGAAGGGUGCAACAGGACAGUAGUGAGGCAGGACGACGGUCAAAUCGACGCAUCUUCAGCUUGCUGGCCGUCUUCGUAUUGUGCUUUGUACCCUACCACAUUUGCCGUGUGCCCUACACACUCAGCCAAAUCAACGAUUGCAUUAACAACCACUUCAUUCUCUUCCAGAUAAAGGAGGUCACACUCUUCCUAUCCUCACUUAACGUUUGUCUGGAUCCCGUCAUUUACUUCUUUAUGUGCAGAACCUUCAGAGAGUCACUCUUGCAAAAGAUGUCUUCAGUUAAAGGUAAAAACAGAAGGCUGAGGAAUCUGUAAAACAAAACAAUGAUGAACAAGACAAACCACACCUGGUUUCCUCAGCAUGAACAGCUUAAACAUUGUGGUGAGCAUGUCAAAUGGAACUAAAGACCACACAGAAAGCUGCUAGUUUUUCACAAAACCACAAAGAUGUAGAAAAUGAUGUUCUGUAGAAUUAGGAUGCGUACUUAGAUUUCUGAAAUAAGCAAUGAGCACAAACUUCGUAUGUGCACACAUUUAUGGCUGGAGAAUACAAAAGCUGUUCAGUGGAAAUGCUGAGAGAAAUAUUGGUUCUCUUCUGCCCACUCUUCAGGACUUCCAGAGUGAAGCAAAGGGCAGAAAAAAAUCAUCACAGAUUCCACACAGCUUGGACGUUACCACUUUGAUGUAUUGUCCUCUGGCCGGCGCUUCAGUGCACUGAACACGGCUGUUUCUGCUGAUUGUGUCUUUCUGGUAUCUGGGUCUUGUUUUAUUCAUUGUUGAUUAUAGGUUACCAAUACCACCGUCAUCCGCCCAAGGAAACUUGUUUGAAACACAACUACUUCAAACAAGCUUUUAUCUGUUUGUGGUGGAGCAGAAACAAAUGACACUGUUGCAAAAUAUUUUGAUUAAAAACCACAAAUGAUUUCCUCAGCAUGAAUAGCAUGAAGAGGUGAACAUGCCAAAUGAAACAAAAGGCCACACAAAAAUGUGGGUCAAAACUU